GCAUUACGCCAUUUAAUUGUGAACUGUCCAAGGCGACGGACGCCGUUCGUGUCGUGAUCUGAGUGCAAUCAAAAAUGGGUUCUAACACCUGCUCACACGUUCUAAACGCGCUGUACGCGAUCCUGGGGCUGGCUCUCGCUUGCACAGCCCUGUGGUUCUUCGUGGAAGUGAAAGAGAUAACGAAUUUGCGAAACGUCAACCAUUACCUGUUGGACUACAAUCUCUAUUGGCCUCAAGUGAUACCGUGGCUGUUCAUUAUCGUCGGCGUCCUUGUUAUGUCGAUAUCAUGCUGCGGAUUCGUUGGAACCAGUAAGAGGAAGGUAGGAUUACUUCGUGUCCACAUCACCUUCAUUGGAAUAGCAAUUGUGGUGUCUCUAGCCGUUGCAGUGAUAGCUCUAGUAUUCGCCGACAGUAAGUCAUCAGAUAACUUCAUUAAAGAUACAAUUUGGGACGCAUACUUCCAAAUGAAAGAGAAUCACGACGUAGAGAGUGCGUUUGGGAGGAUCGAGAGGAGAUUGCAAUGCUGCGGUGCUGAAGGUCCACGUGAUUACGUCAACUGGAAAACAGAUUUCCCACAGUCAUGCUGCGAUGUAUAUUACCACGGCUGGUUGGAACCAUACUCGAUCAACUGCGAGAUAACGAACAAACUGGCGAAUGAACGACACGGAUGCUCAACAGUUGCGACGCAAUACGCCCGAAUUGUCAUCAAAGUACUGUCAGGUGUAACUGUAUUAAUAGCUUUAAUUAGUAUAAUAAACUUAGCUGUUACAAUUAAAACUCUUAAGUCUCUAAAUACACGACCUCGAGUGAUGCAAGCGCAACAUGAGUCUGAGAGCAAAAAAGUUUUAAUAUAAAGAUAGGUAUAGCGUUUGUGAAUUGUUUAAUCGGGCGUGUAAUAACGCCAUAAUGUUUUGUUGAUAAUGAGAAGGAUAUAAAGGUCAUAUUUGCAUGACAAGGUUUGAGUGACGUGCAAAUGCAUUGUUUGUGACAUCUGAUGUAUGAAGGUUGUAAAGGGCUACACCUGGGCGUGUAAUGGAGAAUUAUUUGCGUAAUACCAGUACAUUAAGAUGUUUAAAGUAAUUUCUGAUCACCAAUUUUUCUGUGAGAAGUACACUAAUUAAAAAAAAUGAGUAAAGAUUAAGUUACCUUUGGGUGCGGUUAUAUGAGUGGGUUUGUUCAGAGAUGAUUGUAUCAUUAAUCUGUCCAAUUGUAGACUAAGGACACACUCAUACGCAGCCCUGAUCUCCCUUACAAUUACUACCAUUGCUACCGUAAUAUUUGUGAACUAAAAUAGAAGUUUUCACUUUCUACUUAUAGAAAAGUGACUAACUUCACACUGUUUACGCAAUGUUUUUACGAACAAAGGGCUUAGGGCCUCACUCGACUGAUAUUUAUGCAGUGUUACGUAAUCUGUUUUGUCGGAUGUGAGAAAAUGAUUAGGAAAUACUAGUAGCAAUGUGUUUUUUGAAAGUCUAAAGCUUGUACUGAAUACAAAUAUAAGUUACGAAAGAGUCUUUAGCAUAUAGAAUUGAAUACGAAUAAGUUAUUAAGUGUAAGUGUAGGCUGUUUCCUGUGCCUCGGCAAAUAUUUAAAAAGUUUCUAAUUUAAAAAUCUGUUAGAUUUAUAAAAAAUUGUUAAUUAUAUAACAUCAUAUUGGCGGGAAAACAUUGUUUCGUCAAGUAAUAUCUAAUAAAUAAUCUAGCAUUUAUGUUUACAUUUAAUUUGCUGUGAGAAUGAGUUCAUUGUGAAAUAUUGAUUUAUUAAAAUUAAGUAGUAUAU